AUGCAGAGCUAUCCAACGACAUCUGGGCCUCCUCCAGGCCCAAAGAAUUAUGUCUUCGUCGACGAACACAACAGACACAAGCGCCUUAAGGUGAUGCGCGCUUGUGAAGGAUGUCGUCGCCGCAAGAUCAAGUGUGAUUCCGCCACCACCAAUACCUGGCCGUGCGCUGCCUGUGUCCGCUUGAAACUCCAUUGUGUUCCUCCCGUGGGUGGGUUAGAAGGAGAGCCAGGGGACUUCUCUCAGGGCGGCGCUGUCGAAGAACCUAUCGAACCGCAACCGUACCUGCCCACGCCAGGCUCGUCGACUCAUCCGAGUCAAAACUAUGUCGGUGCAGCGCCCAACUACCAGCUCGACCAAAGCGAGCCUUUCUCCUACGAUGCAUACACCGCCAAUUACCAAAAACCAUCCUUUGACAUGAUGGACAAACAGUACGAAGGCUAUUUUCCGGAUCCGCAGCAACAGCAAUUCGGCGGAACGUUGCAUGAUCCUUAUCAAUCCAACUCGCAGGUCUACGGGCAAGCUCAACAUGAUUCCCAAUCCUCUCUCGGACAGGAGCGCGCCGGCUCUUCACCAGUCGACCAGCUCACGGCCGAAGAGCUGAUGGAACAUCUUGGGUCAUUGAAGAUUGGGGAGAAUGGAGUUGCCCCGUAUCUCAGAGCGGAAAGGAAAAAUAGCACAGAGCCGGACGCGCCCGUUCAGGACGCCGAACUCGAAGUCAAGAUUCCGGCAGUCUUCAAUCCUGGUGCGGGAGCCCAGAUCAGGAUUCCCCCGGCUUUGAUGCCUCCGCAGGAGGAGGCCAUGCAGGCUUUCAAGGCUUUCUUCCGUGAUGUGCACCCUUACGUGCCCGUGUUGAACAGAAGGCAAUUCUAUGACCAGUGGCGCAAUGAUAAGGCAUCUAUAUCUCCACUUGUCUUGGAGGCUGUUUUUGCGAAUGCUGGUCGCUUGUCCGACGAUCCCGCACAAGGUGCACAGUGGCUUGCGCUGGCAAACAAGCAUGAACCGUGUUUCUUGGACAGUCCUCGACUCAGCACUAUUCAAGCCUUGCUCCUCCUACUCAAGGCUCGAGAAAGUGUCCCCAAACGAGGGUACUACUACCGAUCCUGGAUGACUUGCAAGACGGCGGUCAGCAUGGCGAAGGAUCUUGAAUUGCACGAGCACCAUGAGAUGCAUGUCGCAGGCGAGUCAUGCGGUUCGGACCCGAUUGAAUGUUUGACCAAGACUCGGGUCUGGCAGACUCUGCUCAUAUGCGAGACCAUGGUUGGAGGGCCACAAGGCCGAACCGACCUGGGUGUCGAUCCCAAUUCAGUCGACGUCAGUACCAACCCGCCAUGUUCUGACGUGGACGACUUCGAGAAAACCAUAUCCCGACAAUUCGCCUAUUUCGUCCGGAACAUUCGCAACAUCCGCCUGAUCACCGGCGUAUCGCACAAACUCAAGAGAAAGAAGGACUGGGGUCUGGACCAGGAAUUCGUGGCCUACAACGCCGCCUUCAACAAAUGGCCCGACGAGUUACCCAAGGAUCUUCAAGUGGUGUUGCCAGCAAAUGGCAGCGUGCCAUCGCUGCCGUCCCAUUUCAUCGGCAACCUGCACUCUCAUUAUCAGUUGGGAAUUGUCAUGCUCCACCGCCCACAGCUCAAGGCAUCUGAAUCCUUCGCGGCGGAUAGCCAAUGGAGACACCAUAUGAGUGUGUGCUACAAUGCAGCCAAGGUGCUUUGUCGACUGCAGGAGGCGAUUCUGGCCAAAUUCGACCUGACCGGCCUGCUGUGUAUGCAACGAGGUAUCAACUUCACCAUUUACGCCAUCCUGACGUGCAUCAUGCUUCAUUUGAUCGCUUUGUCGUCCCCGGACCCGGAAUACAACUCGGAAGCACGAGACUAUUUUGUCCGCCACAUGCGUAUUUUGGAACGCUGUAUCGCGGCCUGGCCAAUGCCUGAGACCGAAGCACAGGUCAACGCCCUCCGUGCCGCCUUCUCCGCGGAUAUCAACAAACCGUUUGAAUUGAAGGAGUCGUUCCCGCUCGGUUCUCCAUCCGAUCAAUCACGCUCGUCGCCUCCAUCCCAACAACCUACGUACGAAAAGCCGCACCUCCAGCAACAGCAGCAGCAGCAGCAGCAACAACACGAACAGCAACAACAACAGCAACAGCAACAAACGCACCAGCUUCAACUGCAACAAAUCCAACAACAACACCCACAACAAUCAAUACAAACCCAACCACACCAUCUCGUCGAUCUCCAACAAUCCCAACCGGGACAGUACCUGCCACAGCACAUGACACAGAUGCGCGGCCAGACACCAUACCUCGCCACCCCUCCUGUUUCUGUCUCAGCAUAUUCCAGCGACUCGAAACCCCAGACACCCAUUUUCCCCCCACCACCUUUACCACAUCAAACCGCCUAUGACAUGGACCCACAGCAGUUCUCAUCAUCUAACAUUUCAUCGUCGGCCGGUGGGGGUUUCUAUCAACAGAGCACAGGGAGCGCGCAGCCAACGUCAGUGGCGCCCAACUACAACAUGCAAUGGAAUCCGACACCGAUCAUCGAUCAAUUCGACACAGCAUUUGCCAUUCCGCCAUCUGAUUUGGCCCCGCCUUCAUCGAUGUACGGCAGCACAGGCUCGUCGCCGCCUUCCGCAACAACAGCAGGAGGUGGAGGAUCAAUGCAAGCUUCAAGUUUCACGUCGGGGUCUCCUACGUAUGGUAGUGCUGGAGGCUAUACGCAACAGCAGCCACCGUACUUUGCUGCUCAGCAGUCGCAAACACAGCAUUCGUUGCAUGAUACUUCCUCGCCUCCAAUCGGGGGAACAUACUAUGCUCCGGCUCCCGGAGUGGGCAUGCUCGUCACGCCGCGGCAGUGGCAGCAGAGCGUCGCGAAUGUCAUGGACUCCGCUGGCUUGAAGAGGAGAUGGGACUUUGGACAGAAUUGA